UUCUACCGGAAGCAUUACCCUGCGCAGAGUGUCUAACUCUCACAGUCACCUCAUUCUCAAUAUCUAGAGCAUUACUCCGUCCUGCUCAACAUUUGAGGUUACUGUGCUUCACAGUUUCCCCGUCCCACGAGUCCUUUUCGACCGGAAAACGAUUUAUCCACUCUCACGGCUGUCCGACUUCACAAACACCUCUGCAGAACCACUACUCCUCCCGCUCCCACAAUAAACCAUAAAUCACAUCCCAGUCUUGUAGCCAUCGAUCAUGUCCUCAAACGUCGGCCUCUCUACCCCUCGUGGAAGCGGUACCUCGGGCUACGUCCAACGCAACUACGCCUUCAUGAGGCCGCGCAACGCAGGCUACGGCGCGCCGUACCCGCCCGUUUCAGGCGCCAAUGCCAAUGAUUCUGCCCGGUCAUUCAAGCAGAGGCAGCCCGAUAAGCAGAUUCUGGAGCAUGAUCGGCGGCGUGCGGUUGAGGUGAAGGUCAUGGAGGAGAGGGAGAGGCUUGAGGAGGAGAAUGAGCGGAUUGAGGAGGAGGGUAAGGGCAAAGGAGAGGGGAAGGUGUUGUCGGAGGAGGAGAUUGAGGAGCGGUGUGAGGCGCUCAGGGCGAGGUUGUUGAAGGAGAUGGAGGAGGAGAAUCGCAGGCGCAGGGGGUGGAGGCGUGGGCCUAGGGAUAGGGAGCGGGAUCUGCCGCCGAGAGAGAGGAGGCAGUUCAAGACGUAUCAGGUGCAUGAGCUUGCGGAGGCGAAGAUUGAGGAGAGUGAGCGGUUUAAGAAGGCGUUGGGGAUUCGGGAGGAUACGGAGACGGGGGAGAUCUCGAGUGGGAGGAAGGAUUUUGAGGCGAGGAAGAGGGAUAGGGAGCGGUAUUAGAUGGGGGUUGGUGCUUGUUUUUGUUCGUAUGGGUUACCAUGGCGUUUAGGGUGUUGAGGUGAUGCUGCAUCCUUUUUGGUCGGGAUGAAACGGCAUUAUUAAACGGCAUGCAUGUAUUUCAUCAAGCAUUACUCCUGUCGAUCUUUGCUUCCAGCCUGCCAAAAACUAUAUACAUCUAGGUGGUGAACUUUUCAAUCACCCAGCCGUCCU